GACAACUUGUCCCCCAAAAGGUCUGUGCACAGCCCUGUUUGCAGUUUGGAGGUUGCAGCGUCUGAACCAUGUUCUCCACGGCCACUUCAUACAAGAACCAGCAUUACUCUGACCUGAAGAAGGAAUGUCUGGAGGACAAGAAACUGUUUGAGGAUCCAGAGUUUCCAGUUACCAAUGCAUCCCUGUUUUACAGGAAACCACCUCCUGGUAUCGUGGAGUGGAAGAGACCAAGGGAAAUCAGCAAUGAGCCUCAUCUGUUUGUGGAGGGCAUCAGCUCCCAUGACCUGAACCAAGGCCUUGUGGGUAACUGCUGGUUUGUGGCGGCAUGCUCCUGCUUGGCACUGAAACCAGACCUCUGGCAGAAGGUCAUCCCUGACUGGAAGGAGCAGGAGUGGGACUCCAAGCACCCUGAGAACUAUGCUGGUAUCUUCCACUUCCAGUUCUGGGUGUUUGGGGAGUGGGUUGAUGUGGUGGUGGAUGACCGCCUGCCCACCAUCAACGGAGAGCUCAUCUACUGCCACUCCAAACUCAACAACGAGUUCUGGAGUGCCCUGCUUGAAAAAGCCUAUGCCAAGCUCUCUGGCUGUUAUGAGUCUCUGGACGGGGGCAACACUGGGGAUGCGGUUGUUGAUUUCAGUGGAGCCGUGGCAGAGGCCAUUAACCUGGAGGCUGAAGUUUUCCACAAAGACCAGGAGAAAAUGGACAACCUGUUUGAGGACUUGCUCAAAGUCUACGACAGGGGUGGAAUCAUCAGCUGCUCCAUCAAGGCGUCUCCUUCUGAAAGCGAGGCUUGGAUGGCGUGUGGGCUAGUGAAGGGCCAUGCCUACUCAGUGACUGCAGUGAAGAAGGUACGGUUGGGCCACGAUCUGAUGGCCUACUUCCAGAACAAGUCCAUCCCCCUGAUCCGCAUGAGAAACCCG